CCCACGAGCGGCCCUUUUCCUUUUCGUCCCGCCGCCGAAGUGUGAGUGCGAGACUCGUGGCAAGUCACCAAAAAUGGGCUUCUCAGACCUCAAAAGCGACAGCGGGUUGAAAUCCUUCAACGAACACUUGAUGACAAGAAGCUACGUCGAGGGCUACCAGCCGUCACAGCACGAUGUCGUUGCCUACAACACGCUCAAAGCGCGAUCCUCGCCACCGUCUGCUGAUGAGUACCCCCACGUUGUCCGCUGGUUCAAGCACUUGGCGUCGUUCUCGGCCCAGGAACACUCGUCUUUCCCCGGAGACGCCAGGGCAGGCGACGCGGCGGCAGUGAAGAAGCCCGUUGACGAUGAUGACGACGAUGUCGACCUCUUCGGCUCCGACGACGAGCCCGACGCAGAAGCCGAAAAGGCCCGCCAGGAGAGGCUCAAGGCCUACCAGGACAAGAAGGCCAAGAAACCCGGAGUCAUCGCCAAGUCCAGCGUGGUUCUAGACGUCAAGCCGUGGGACGACGAAACGGACAUGAAAGAGCUCGAGAAGUGCACCCGUAGCGUGUCCUGCGAUGGGCUCGUCUGGGGCGCGUCCAAGCUAGUUCCCUUGGCGUACGGCAUCCACAAGCUGCAAAUUGUAUGCGUGGUCGAGGAUGACAAGGUCAGCAUCGACUGGCUGACGGAGCAGAUUGAGGGCUUCGGCGACUUUGUUCAGUCGGUGGACAUUGCUGCCUUCCAAAAGAUUUGAAGACUUGUCUCCGAUCUGUUUCGUUUCGUACUUGCCAUGUUUUUGGAAUAAAAGGUUUGACGUUGCAAGA